UUGUGUUUAUACAAGUCUACAUAAUUAUCUACAUAAUACUCUAGUUUUAAUAGAGUGAGAAUUUGUGUAGUUUGUGUUUAUUGUGAGAUAAAUAUAUUAGUGAUUAAAACAGCGCCGCGCGGCUGUGUGAGGUGUUUCUAAAGUGAAGUGUUAGACAAACCCGCUAGGUGUUGUUAGCAGGUGAAUCGUAGGUAAAUGUCUGCAGUGACCGGGUGAUUGAGAGUAAACAGCAUGGUACCUUCAUCCUUCGAGCCCACCAUCAUCGCCCUCACCAUCAACCCAACUAUCCAUAUAUUCAUAUUUGUACAGAAGACAAUGGAAGACUGAUGACGCUCUGAUAUCCUGCUGUAUCGGGAUGCAGGUGCUGAAGGACACCCUCUUGUAUUCAAACAUUCAUGCUAGUCUGGAUAAAGUGGCUGAUGAUGAGAGAGAAAUCUUGGUCCAGGAACAGAAGGCUUGCCGAGCUCGUGCCCGUCAGUUCUCCCAGGAAACAAACCGGAGAAGAAAGGCGCUGGAGGAGAGGAGGAUGCUGUGGGAUGUACAGGAGCAGAAGUUAAGAGAAAACAUCCUCCAGCAGCGUAAACAAAGACUGCAGGAAGCUACAGAGCGCUUUCAAAGAUCUCACCUCCCUUUGUCCCAGAGAAUGAGACCAGUCUGUGGUCAAAAUGCGCUUAAUCUGGAUGAAGCACUCAGUCAUAUUCAGGGGUACCCAGACUCGAACCCUCAUCCUUCUACAUUCUUCUCCUCCAUCAACAGGACCUACACGUCCUCUCCUAAACCUCCAGGAGGCUUCAGCAGUCCUCAGAGCGUGCAUGCUAUCUCUGCAGCUGAGGCCUAUACGAAACUCAUGCAGGAUAGAAGCUUGGGUGACUUCAGAACCAAUCAACUUCUCCUUAAGCAGCUGCAGGAAACUGAGACCCCACUUAAGGACAAUGAGCAGAUUCUAACACAGGUACAUCUGGAACUGUUACAAUGCAAUUACAAAUCCUGUAGAAGACUCUACAUUCCUAAGACAGACGAGCACAGCAACACUCCCAUUAGCCCAGCAGAAAGCCUGUCUAGCCUGGACAGCCUGGAGAAUGAGAUCCCUCAGCAGGACCAAAGCAAUAAGCCUGUCUCUCUGGAUCAAUCAGAGGUCCAUGAUACCAAAGGAAGCUCUGCAUUACCAUCAAAGCCCCUAAAUUUUUUAUGCCCAUUAUCUAACUCCUGCCCAUCAAAAAACUUCCUGGAGGAGGUAUUAUAUCAGCAGAGUCAACUCUGUUCUUCUAACUCCUCAUCACCAUCACCUGGAGAAGAUGAAUCCACAGAUGAGGACAGGAGAGUCCAGAGUCCUUUAGAAACAGCAGAUCAGUGCGGUGGUAUAGAGCAUUCAAAGACCUCUAACAUCAAGUGUACUCUUAGUGCUCAGCAGACGCUCACAGAUAAUUUAGGAUAUGCAGAUUACACAUCACAAACAACCCCAUGUAACACACAGCUUGAGUUCUUAAGUCUUACCCAAAGGUCCUGCAUAGAUUCGGGAGAGCUGGGGCUGAAGGAACAAACUCCUCUGGAAACCAGAGACAGUUUAUUUAAUGGUUCUUCCAAUUUAUUACAAGGUUUCUCCUGCACUGGUCUUGAUCUAGCCAUAGAUGAAGCAGAAUCAGCUUCUGCCUGCCAGUCUACCAAGACCGAACAAUGUAUAGAUAGUACCAAAGUUCUUGAAAAGGCAACCAAACUUCAUUCUGAAAUGACAGAGGAACCAGAGAGACCAGCAGAACCUUUGGAAAACCGUCUUGACUUCAAAAGCAACAAUGUGCAGUUUCUCAAAGGAAUCCUCAAGACAAAGUCCAAGUGUUUAGGAGAUGUAGAUUCCAAAUUUAUUUACACUCCAGGCCAUUUUGUAUUCAGCAAAGACAUUGCAAAAGCUAUUAGGGAUAGCCUUGAGCUCAGGAACAAAGGCAAAGACCCAGAUAGCAACAAAUGCAUGAAGAAGAAACUUCGAUGGUUUGAUGAGGUGAAUAUUGAUUGGGUAGAAAGUGAUGACAAAGUAAAUGGUAAGUCAAGCAAGCAGGCAGAAGCUAAAAACAGACUACAUCAGCAAGUGCACCAACACCAGGUGUCCAACCACUCAGGGUAUAUAAACAUACCAUCAAGAAUAUCUAAGACUGAUUUGAUAUACUCUGGCCCAGCCAGAUCCAGCUCAACCAAACAGGCCUGGUCAGAUAUAGGCAGGCAGCAGGAACCAUCUGAGAUGCAGGAAGCAUCCAGGAUGCAGAAAACUGUGCCUCGAAUGAAUGGCUAUAGCAUUCCUCGCCGGGCACGUUCAACCAGGAAUGUCUCAGCUCCCGGUUCCUUCAGAGCCAGGAGAGGUACCAUGAUUAGAACGCAGUCUGCCAGUCAAUUACAAAAUGUGGUCAGAACCCAAGGGAAGACCCUGGUGCCUCGUCCUCCUCCCAGAUCUGAGGGCAACUCAGUGCCAGCUACUAUGUACGCAGCCAAAACAGCCAGCAACAAUGAGCCUGCCCACUGUCAAAGACAUUGCGCAGUGGAGCAGGAUCUUUAUAAUGACUAUGCAGAAGGUCAGCCUGUAGUUCAAGGAAUAAUUCUUAAAACAAAUGAAAGUUCUGUAUUAGCUCCAGUGCCACCGUCCUAUGCCUACAUGUAUGAGACCAUGUCUAAAGGCAUCUACAGUCUCUGCGGGGCAAAUGGCCAAACAAGUAAAGGCACAAAUGGCCUACAGAACGGCAUCUGCUUGAAUCGUACACCAACCGAUGAAGAGAUCUCAAUGCUGUGGAACGGAGUUCGAAGUGCCUUAGCCAGCAAAGAUGAUUCGGGUGACCCACAAAGUGUCCAGGCUCACAGUGGCGCAUUGUCCUCUCAGCCUCAAUCUCAUGCCAAUUCGUCCCAUGUUUCCAUCAACGAUAAUAACGCACUCGGUAACGGCAAAGCACUUGCAAGAAUGGGUGGCUUUCUAUUCUCCUCUUCCAACAGCAAGGACACAGUGAGAAGUCCAGUGAGAAGACCUGCUCUACAGGGUAACAUGAUGAAAAACAGUAAAGGUCAGAGAAUCCAAGCUGCAGCACUGGGGGACAGAAAACCCUGUAUUUUUUAUCAGACCCAAGUGCCAAUCAACAGACACCUACACAAAGCUGACCAGAUGGCGCCUGAUCAAGGCUCAGUGGUGAUGGACGGUGAUGAUCAGGUAGCUGUAGACUCUCCUCGGCAGCAAAGAGGUUCAGCGUUCACACAGUCACAGAGAGGCAUUUCUGCUCUCUCCCUGGAGGAACAAAAACUCCUGCAAUCACUCGACAGGCUCAACCAUCGCCUGCAGUAUGUGCAAGAUGUGGCUGCAAGAAACACAGCACUGAAGGGUCACAUUGCCUUGGACUCUGCAUAUUCUCCCCAGACUGGCAAGGCUUCGUGUGCCACUCUGCGUAGGUACCACGCAGUUUCAGCCGACAGCCGCUCCCGCUCCAACAGACGUUACUGACUGAAGCUCCCAAAAUGCACUUUUAUCCCAGUCUCACAGAACACUUAAUCUUUUCUGAAAAGCACUUUAUCACUUUACCUUCCAACUGAACCAAACCACAGUUAGAGGUGCUUCAAAUGCUGCUGCACCCACACACUCACCUGAGUUAUAGAGGUCAGGGUUCAGUCCCUCUGACUCAUAAGUUUAAACAAUAUGUUCAUGUAGUUUUAAAUAUAUAUAUUUAUACACUGAUUAGCCA